AUGUUGGAACCCCAGAAGUAUCACCUUCAGAGGCGUGACCACCUUCGAAGUCUGGAAUAUUCUCAUGUCAUCCUUGUGAACUCAUUAACAAAUAACAUAAAGUAUUUAUUCCCUCCAAGUAAAGAGGUUAGAACCGAGUUUGGACAUAAUGAUCCACCUGAAUUCGACAAGUAUCUCGAUGAAAACCUAGGCGAGUACUUAAUUCACCAAGACGAUGCUGUUUUUGAUAAAACUAUUGCCGAGGUGCUACCAAAAAGAGUUAUAUGCGUUUGGAAGCCGAGAAAAUCGACACAACCAAAGGCGGGUAGUAGUCUUUGGAGUGCAGGCUAUCUAAGGGAUAAUUGGAUUAACACAGAUUUGCCGUUGACAAAGUUUGAAAGUAAUAUGAAGUAUUUGAGCGAACAGGAACGUGUCGUGUCUAGAAAAUACUUCUAUCGAGUUGAGAAUACUGUUACGCCGGUUCCUGAUAACCCGAUUGUGUGCGUGAAACCCGUGACAGAACGCAUUCAUGGAUAUGCAAGACUCUUUAUUAGUCGGUGCUUUUCUAAAGGGUGUGGUGAUAGAUUUCAGAUAUUUUCUACAGAUUUUAUAGACUUGGAUUUUGUUGAUGCAUGUGUUGGACUCACUCAUGCAAGGAUUGAGGGUAAAGCAUGAAAGAAAUAGUUCCGUAUUUCUUCUUCAUUGGAUUUGGUUGUGUAUAUAGAAGCAACAGUUUGUGAUGUAGUGUUAUAUUUGCAUGCAUGCAUUAAUUGGAAAUAGAGGUUACUAACAAGCUCCACUAUACUCUGUUUCUAGUCAAUUAAACAUUUUGCAUUAACAAGAAUAAAGGAUCAAUUAAGCAGGAGCAAAGCAAUCCGUGAGGAUUUCAAUAAUCUGAUAAAAAUUAAUUCAUAGUUCUUCAAAAGUGAGUUACACUAUAAGUGUCCUAA